AUGGCGGCGCCUGCUACGCCGACGAAAACGUGUGCUCUCAGUGAUAUUUGUGUUCUCUGCGGGUUUUCUUUCAUUCAGUAUGAAAAGAAAGACAAUGGUGAGGUCAUACUACGUAAACAUUUUGACCGGAAACUCAGGUUUACCACUGAGAGGGUAGAAAAUGUUUAUAAAAUAACUGGUAUCAACUUUUCAAGCAACAGUGCCGUGUGCCUGAAAUGUUAUAGAAGUGUGGACAGUGUGAUAAAAUCUGAACAGAAAAACGAGAACAUAAAAGCAAACAUAUGUAGCAUGGCUAGGAAAAUUAAUGAAACACAUCUGCUACAGCUACCUUCUCCCAGAAGAAAGGUUAUUACGAAACGGAUGCUACGAAGUCCAGUGGUAACGCAGUCAGCAAAGAAAGGCAAGACAUUUAAUAUAGAAGCUGUUAAGUAUAUACCUGUCCAUAUAGCACCUUUUAAAGAAAUAACUAAUACAGGUGAUAUUGAUAAGCCAAAGACUGUACGGAGAUCACUAGAAUUUCAGGAUGUGAAAGUGAAUCUUCAAGCCAAUCAAGGUGAAAUUGAGAUAACCAUUGCAUACCCAAGUGGAAGAAGAACAGAGCUUGUAAGAAAUGAAACAGAACAGAAAAUAUGUAGAGCUAUUUUUAAUGGUAGGUCCUCAGGAAAUGCCAAAAAUGCUAUAAUUGCUGUAGUAUCCACAGCUUACAGGAAGGAGGUUGUUACAGCAGUGUCACACAUCAUAAGUUGUGAAUCAAAAGAACUCUGUAAAAGAAAUUCAGGAAGCAUUCUCCAGCAAAAAGACCACAACAGUAUAUUAGAAUUUUCUUGGGAUAAGUUUUACAGGGAGCUUCACAUCAAAGCACCAAACACCCUGAGAGUUAUUCAGUCAGCAGUUAGUGAUGUUCCAGUUGCCAUUGGUGAGAAGAAAUUCAUAAACUUAAUGCUUACAGUAGCUUCAGCAUUUCACGGACGUAAUCAAGAGAUGCCAUCGGUGCAUUACCAGCUCGGUUUCAUUUUGGCUCAUGGAGGAUGUACACAGAGGGAUAUUGACAGAUUAGCCAAGUGCGGAAUGACUGUGACAAGUAAAUCCAUGCACAGCAAGUUAGAAACCUGGAUAUCAAAUUUAGAUGCAGAGGUCAUAGCACUGAAGAAGUCUUGGGAGGAGGGUCAAGAAAAUACAACAAAAUACCAGUUAAUUGGUGACAAUUGGGAUAAAAAAAUACUGCCAUCCUACAGGACCUCCCAGAACCAGACACAAUCCAUACAUUUGUUUAAUGUAUUGAUUGCUGUAGAUAGAGUGCAAAUACCUGUGGUAACUCCAGAAAGAGACCUAGAAUAUGCAGACAUCUCUUUUGAAAAAUUCGUGCCAUCACUUGAAGAACAAGAAAAGUUGAAGGAAGAAUUGGUUUUUAUUACUGCAACAUCUGUGAUCAGGAACAUUCCCCACCUUUCAAAACUAUUGGACAAAAUAUAUCCCAAACAUCUGCCACACAAGUAUAGUGAUCAAGCAGGAAUUAAAACAGUACAAUAUCCGUUAGGACUGUAUGACUGUAAUGAAACCAAAACAGCGGAUGUCAUCAAGCUCUUAAAAGAAUUACAGCAGAAGUAUGUUCCUCACAGAGAUGGAGAGAUUUGUGAGCCUGUUCUUUUUGGUGGUGACCGGCUUACUGAUGAGCGCAUUCAGUGUGCACAGGAAGCCAUGCUUAAUGGUAACACGUCUGAUGAUAGAUUAGAAGGUUUCAUAUCCAAAAUCGAGGAUUUCCACAGAUCAAUGAAUUUUUUUAGAAAAAUGGAUCUUGAGAAUUUAUCAGAUUCCAUUCCGCUGCCUCAACAAUUUUACCAGUAUACAGAUGCAGACAAAAUCUCAUGGAUAAAUGACAUAUGUGAAAGGAUCAUUGAAAAAUACUUUUUUGAGGGUUCUCCUGAUAUUAUGUCCAUGUUAAGAGAUUGUGUGACCGACAAAAAUCAUCCGGACAAUUAUUGGGUGUCAAAUUUCAAUGAAGGUAGAGUGAAUGUCAUCAUUGUGAAAAAACUUAUGCGUAUGUUGGCAGUCUGA